GACAUACUGUAACGAUCUCUGGUGGAACAGUCCGUGAGUCGCUCUGGCGUCUUCGAAGAGCUUGCUUGCCAAGUCUAGGCGCGCAGGCGCAUAGCAGCAUCACUUACAGUAGUCGGCCCACGCUCUGCCAGUCUACUGCAUCUAUCAGACGGAACCUUGGGCGGAGAACAGAGCUGCCCGCUCUCAGCUCGCGGGCGUGCUGCACGGCUCCCUCGCACUUAGAUGGUGCGGCUGCAGAACAGCCGAAGCCAGGGCCCGUCCGCCCGGCGACAUGGUGUGUUACGCGGCUCCCUUCAGCCUGAUCUAGUAACGGAAGAGCAGACCAGUGACGAGCUAGGCACAAACCGGCAGAUGGUCGUGACACACAGCCAAGCACACAGCUAUUGUGCCAGCUUAAUGUCGGGGCGUCCGGAACUACCGUCGGUUAUCGUCAAAGUGUUGAGGUGACUUGCAUGUUGGUUCCCGUUCUGCCGCUCACCCACUUUCCUGGCUGCCUGCUAGACAUGCCAACUUCGUCUUCCGCACACGCACUCCAGCACACGCGCGUAAGCAUAGCUUAAAGAUAAGAAUUGUCUGCAAGACCAUACACCAGACGGGAAGUGCGUAGCUUGCAUAAGCGGUACGCUAAUCAUGGCGGUGGACAUAGAUACGGAAUGAAUUGUGCAGUUCAGUCCGCAGCGCGCACAUCAAACGGCCACGACGUACGCAAAUUGCCAGCCGCUACCGCCGCAGCACCUAACACGGGCCUGUCGCCUGGCCUCCCCCUGCAGCGCGCGCUCGUGCAGUCCCUGUUCGCGCAUCGCGGACCAGCUUCGGACGAAGAUCUUUGAACCAGGUUACGUUCGGACGGAUCAGCAGGUUUGGACCGGGUUCGGACGGUGGGCUUUCCCCGAGUGGCAGUUGUCCAGGAUUCGAGCAGUGCGGUCUACAGAUCUACAGUAUGCCUAUCUACACCGGUCAGUCCAGUCAGUCCUUCUGUCACGUUUUAACGUCACGUGGACGGGUCUCUUGUAUGCUGGUCAAAGGCUAACUGCUUCAGUAAAGGCCUAGGAUCA